GGCCGGGAGGCGCUUUUAGGCCGGAACUGUGCUUUGCGCUGCUGUUGCUGCCCUCUGGCUUUCCCGCCUUGUAGGUCGGGAGUGGUGACCGCAUCGCGGAUCCGGUCCCGGAGUCGAUGGAGAACCUGGCGUGGGAUACAUCUUUGAACAUUUGUCUGAAUAUUUCCUUAAGAUAAUUUCCUAGAAGCAAAAUUACCGGGUUAAAGGAUAGAGCUCACAGUAGAAAAUAACUAGCCCAAUCUGAAAUUCAAGAGAAACUUCUCAAAGGCCCUGGGGCUGAGUCAUCAUAAGAGCAGCAGGAACAAUGGCUACCGGGAGUGUUUUCUCAGAGAUCACAGAAAAAGAACGGAAAAAGUUACUUGAAAUUCUCCAGCAAGAUCCUGAUUCCCUCUUAGAUACAUUAACCUCUCGGAGGCUGAUUUCUGAGGAAGAGUAUGAGACUCUGGAGGAUAUAACAGAUGCCUUGAAGAAAAGUCAGAAGCUGUUAAUUCUGGUGCAGAAAAAGGGAGAGCAUAAUACAGAAUCUCCUCCAUCUGUGGGGAUAAACGAGAAUUCAGAUGGUUUUCUACCUGGAGGGAAACAGCCUGAGAAUCCUGAGAUCACAGAGCCCUUCAAAGAGAAAGAACACGUGGAUUUGGAAACCUCUCAGUCUUUCAGGGACAACAAAACUGGUUAUAGGGAAACUGCUUGGUCCUCAAGGGAAAAUGAGAAGGAAUACAAUACACCAAAAGUCGCAUUGCCACAUUCCGUCGAAAAUGUUGAAUAUGAAGUUCCAGCAACUAUUGAGUGCUUACAGGACGGACAGAGAUAUGAGGAGCCAGAUGAUUCUUUAUACUUAGGAGAAGAGGGAUAUCUAGAAUCUGUUGGAUACCCUGUAGAUGCAGAAAUCACCGUGGAAGAGGAGGAUUAUGCUGACCCAGACUACAUCGUCUAUGAUGGUGAAGAGCACUGUGCAUAUUCAGAAACCACGGAAUUCUCUGACGAAGAACAGAGUCAUGAGGAUUCAGAAACUGGCAUGUCAUUGGAGGAGGAAGAGGAGAAAAAUAUGGAAGAAAGAACAAAGGUGUUUAAAGAUGUCCUGUUACAUUUGAACAUGGAUAGGAGCAGAAAGCUUCUGCCAGAUUUUGUUAAACAAUUCUCCUUAGAUCGAGGAAGUAGGUGGACACCUAGGACUCCAGGAGACUUCGCCUGGAAUUUCCUGAUGCAAGUUCAAGCAUUGGAUGUGACAGCCAGAGAUUCAAUCCUCACACAUAAAGUUCUGGGUGAGGAUAGCACAAGGGAAUUGCUGACUGGAGUACAGAAUUUGGAAAUUAGAGACUUACAAACCAUUAAUCCCCUUGAUGUCCUUUGUGCCUCUAUGCUGUGUUCAGACGUCUUUUUGCAACGUGAAGUCAUGUCAAACAUGUAUCAGUGCCAGUUUGCUCUUCCCUUGCUACUGCCAGAUGUAGAAAACAACAAAAGCAUUCUAAUGCUGGGGGCCAUGAAGGACAUUGUGAAGGAGCAGUCACUGCAGUCUUCGGGAGGGCCUACAGGGGAUACAGAAGCAUUUCUGACUCUCAUGAAGAUGCCUGUCAUCUCUUUUGUGCGUCUAGGAUCCUGUAGCUUCUCUAAGUCCAGAAUCCUCAACACACUGCUCAGCCCUACCCAAUUGAAGUCACACAAAAUCUUUGUUCAAAAAGAUUUGCCUGUUCUGGUGCUUUCCCGGCAAAUCUCUGGUGGCCUGGUUGAGAUAACGUGGUGUUUUCCUGAUAGCAACAGUCUAAAGGAAAACCCUUGUUUUUUCCAAAAGCCUGUUGCUGUGGCCAACCUUCAUGGAGAUCUACAAAGUUUUUGGACACUUGGUUUCUUGAUGGAAAUUUCCUCAGCUGUGUUCUUUUUCACUGACCGCCUAGGUGAGAAGGAAUGGGACCUGCUAAUGUUUUGAGGAGAAGCUUCCAUUGAAAGAUGCUACUUUGUCCUCAGUUCCCAGGCCAAGGAGAAUGAAGAGGCUCAGAUUUUUCAGAGGAUCUUGAAGUUAAAGUCAUCACAGCUACUGUUUUGGGUGGGAGAGGAAGGUAGGGAGAGACAGAACACAGAGGCCCUUCAAGCUGCCCUCUGGGAAGUGAUGUCCUCUUCACUCAGAUGUGUGUCUGUGGAGGGUAUGGCCUCCCUGGCCAGGGAGUUGGGGAUCCAGGUAGACGAAGACUUUGAGAACGUUCAAGCAAUUCAAGUUUCCCCUGGUGAAAACUUGGCUGCAACAGCUGAAGAUGAGGGACAACAAAGGUACAGUCAGCCAAAAGGUUCAUCUGAGUGCCCAGCUGAGAUGCCUGUAGGACAGCCGGGGGCAAGAUGUGAGAUCAGCCAGAAUCUUCAGAAUCUUCAGCUCACCCCAGUAUUUAUACCUCAUCUGGCGAACUACUGUCCCUUACCAACCAGAAUCAGAGGUGAUUUUAACCAUGUUUCUUUGAAAGGCCCCUGGGUUAUGAGCUCCCACUUUUGGUCAGACCAGAAGUCUAAGGGGUUCCGUCCUUUGCCCUUUCAGAAUACAAAGACCCAUAGUCAAGUUACGAAUUUUGGGAUUCGAUACUUCCAACCCCAGAGAUUUUAUUCACGUGAAAGAUUCAUGAAAUUUUCGAGAACUGCUUGGGGACGUCACAUGGUUGGAACAUUGGGGAGACCACCAAGACCCAUUUAUCAGCAUGCACAAGGCUGGCCUGAGAGACCUCAGACAAUGGGAGCUCUUGAAGGGUUUCCAGCAGUGGUCUCCCAGGUAGGUCACCUCCAUUCUCUGGGUUCACAGCCAGCAGGAACAGUUAGGAAGCCACAGCCUCGGCAAGCCAGCACACGGGGAUCACAGCUAACUGAAGCAACUGGAAAACUCAUGGGAACAACAUCCCAUAUGGAAGAUCCUCACCCUAAAGCCUUUCAACCAGCAGGAGCCAUACAGAAACCCAUAAGACCUGCCUCUCAGCAAGGAGACAAAAUAAAGACACAGGGUGGGCCUUCAAAUCGAGCUUUCCAAAUGAAUUCCCAUCUCAUGUCCAACAGCAAAGGUUUACCCAGCUCUCAGUUCAAAUCUGAUCAGCCCAAGCCAUCCCAGCUCAAGCACUCCAAGCCCACACCCUCCCAAUCUGUGCCCUUUCAACCCAAACCCACUCAAACAAAACCCACUCAGCCCCAACCCUCCCAAGCUAGACCAUCUCCAUUAAAACAUACUCAACCCAAGCCAUGCCAGCCCCAGUCCUCCCAAUCUAAGCCUUCUCAACCAAGACCCACUCAACUCAAGUCAUCUUGGACCAAUCCUCCACAGGCGAAGGCAUACCGUCCAAGAGCAGGGCCCAAGAGGGUAGGGAAGCAUUAAAGUACUUACUCCAGAGACCUAUGAAAAAUAUCCUUUACCCAGGCCAUUCCUAUAAUAAAUAGAAUCAACCAGUAAAUAAAUUAAUUGAAUCCAGCCUUGAGUAUUAGGUAAUAUAUAACCUGAAUCCAGGGAAUGGAGGCUGUGAGACAACCCCAGUUGGAGAAGAAUGGGACUGGAGUCUCUAACUGCCAAGUGACCAUAAAAUAGGGCUCAGGUUGCCUUGGUGGUGUAGGAAAAUUGCCCUAGAUGUUGGCUGCUCCAGAGAUGCCUUGGUCAAAGAUUUUUGGUUCAAUAUCAGCUGCUAAGCAAGUAAACCUGUUUAUUUGGCAUAUGUAAAUCAACUUGCUUUUGACAAUAGCCCCAAUUUGCUCGAAUGAUAAAACUCACAUUUGACCCUUAAUAUAUAAAAAUCAAUGAAAUUCAUUAUUUUGCAUUAACUUUAGGAAUGAUCUGUGUAUGUUUCAUAUUUAAAAUAUUUGUCAUAGGUAAGAUAAUUUGGCUUAUUAGAGGAACUGAUACAUUGGCCUCAUGAUUCCAACUUAAAAUAUGUAAUUGAGUUUUUAAUUUUAGAGUUGUGAUUUUUUUUAAGUUGAAAAGAUUAAGAUAGAUUUAUAAAGUUUGUAAAAAGCAUUGAAAUAUUUGAGAAUUUAAGAUUCACAGAAUUUAUAAUUUUAAUUUAUUAGAUUCAUUAUUGUUCUAAACAUUUGGGUAAGUUCUGCAGUUAGAAGCAUUAAGUAAAAAGAAUAUAUAACAUUUAAAAUAUUUAAGUGAAGUUUAAUUAAGUUUGUAAAAUGACACCAAAUGUUAAUAAAAGGCCACUUUAAAGGUAGGUGUUAAAUUCACUAGAUUUAGAAAUAAAAUAGUAAGAUUUGUAAAUUGAACUAAGAGCCCUAGUUUUUGAAUUUGCCACCUUUAUAAAAGUGUUAUUAAGUUUAAGUAAUAAAAUAGCCCUGAAUAGUCUUUUCUGGGAAAAAAAAUUACCUUAAAGGACACAAAAAAAUUCAUAUUGACGGAUGAGAAUUAAUCUUUGAGAGGGAAUAAUUAAUCUCUGAGAAUAUUCUCAUACUACAAGUAUCCUUCAUUUGUUUGUGCAUGUAUUAAACAACCAAUAUGGGGUAUUUACAGGGUGUUCAAUCCUUCUAAAGGUUAUGGUAAGAGUAAAGAAAGAAAUAGAGGGCUAUGCAUGUAAAUUUUUAUCCUUAUCUUUUGGCAAGAAAAAAAGCGUAAUAACUAGUUCAUAACUAUAAAAUCUUUGGUGUAAAAGCAGAGUUUCUCAAUGGAAAAUGAGCUUUUUUGUUGUUUUAACUUUUAAAUAGUAGUGAUUUUUUUUUUUUAAAGAUUGGCACCUGAGCUAACAUCUGUUGCCAAUCAUCUCUUUCUUUUUUCUUCUUCUCCCCAUAAGCCCUCCAGUACGUAGGGGUAUACUCUAGUUCUAGGUCCCUCUGGUUGUGCUAUGUGGGACAUGGCCCCAGCGUGGCCCGACCAGCAGUGCUAGGUCCAUGCCCAGGAUCCAAACCAGUGAAACCCUGGGCCACCAAAGCCGAACACGUGAACUUAACCACUCGGCCACAGGGUGGCCUAUAGUGAUGUUUUUUAAAACCUUUCUCUGAAUCCUCCUUCAAGAUUAGCGCUUGGAGGAUAGACCUUGUUUGGGUUCUUGUCACCAAGAGAUUCUGUAUCAGUCUGGGUCUUGACAAUACAUAUGUGAUACAUUCAAAUCGGACAAUUUGAGGAGAGUUUAAUAAAGGGACUAUUUAUAAAGGGCUGGGCAAGAUAUAAAAACAGCAGAAAGGAGAGCACAGUACCCUAGGUCUCGUAAAAGCAAGACACAUUACCACCCCAAGGUCUGAAGGGGAUUGGGGGAGGGGAGAGUGCUUUUCCCCAGUCAGAGGAGCAGAGUGGAAAGGGUCUUGGAUCUGGCUGGUUGGGGGUACAGCGGGCUGCAGUGAUCUGCAGGGGGAAUCCCAGGGAAUAAAUAUCUGCCCUUUCCCUCCCAUCUGCCAGUGGACCCCCUUGGCCAAACCCAACCAGAAGCCAGAGAACAAGAAGCCCCUCUAGGCAGUUCACGUAGGUCAGCCUUCUGGGUUCAGAGCAGGGUGGAGAGUAGCUCUGGAAGGGUAAACAGAAGAUAUCCACCAGAUUCCUCCCUUUCCAUUCCAUUCUUCCUUUUCUCAUCGUUUUUCCUUUCUUCCUUCUCUCAUGUUUAUUUAUCAAGCAUCUAUUAUGUGCAAGGCAUUGGGCUGGGAACAGAGAAGACAUGGAAACAGAAUAAGAAAUUCUUCUCUGGUUGUGAGAGCCUAUAAAUCUCUGUGUUUCCUCCUUAUUAUAAAACUAUAAGCUCAUUAUAAAUAGUUUUGAAAGUGCAGAAAUAGACAAAGAAGAAAGGAACAUAAAAAUAAUCUAUAAUCCAAUAACUCAGAAUGACUAGUAAUGUAGUCCUCCAACUCACUAAUAACAUUUUCAUGUAUUUUUUCCACAUAUAUAUAUUUAGAAGCAGCACUCAGUUACAUUUUUGAGUAUACUAGGGUUGAAUGUGGCAAAGUUAAACACAGUGUUAGGAGCAGGCAGAAUAAACAGCGUGAAAUAUUGGUUUUCCAGAUGUGUUAAGAAAGUCUAAAUUCAGCAGAUGAAAUAUAGUUUGAGUGUCAUUGUAUCAUGUACAAGUGCAGUUGUUUUAAGUAAAAUGUGCAAAAAUUCAGAACCAGUUGUAUAUAUAUGUUGUAUUUACUAAAUUGAGAGCAUUGUAUUGGUACUUAGCUUUUUUUUGUUAGCAAAUUGAAGAGUCAACUCAGUGAUUUACCUCUUGCAACACCUGAAAAUCCUCUCUUAUAAACACCUUAAAUAAAUUUAUAUUUUAUACAAGAAAACAAA